GCUCCGCCCUCGUGUUGUUUUUUUUCCGCCGCUCGCAUAGUCGACAUUUUUCAGCCUCAUCAGAGCUGACGUGGGAGCUACGUGUGCGCCGAGUCGGGCCAUCCACUCCACCCGUAACGAGUGACGAGCCACUCUACGUAAAACUUCGGCUGAUCACCAUGGAAACGGCGGUGGCAGCACAGCAGCAGGAAGGCAGUGUGACCGAGACAGAGACAAGUCAGAUUCAGAGUGACUCUGAGUCAGUCACACAGGUUGCUGCUACAGCUGAUGGAGAGAAAACAGAUGUUUCAGAUACACAGAAGAGGAGAGAGCUUCUUUCCAGGAGACCUUCCUACAGAAAGAUCCUGAGUGAGUUGUCCUCUGAUACUCCUGCGGUGCCAAAGAUUGAGGAAGAGGAGAAGGCUGAAGAAGACACCCCUGCUUCUUCCAGCGUUUCUACAGUGACUUUGCCAUCAUCUAUUUAUCAGACCAGCUCAGGACAGUACAUUGCCAUAACUCAGGGAGGAGCGAUUCAGAUAGGAGGUCCUGGAGGAGAGGGGCUGCAGGGGGUUCAGGCUUUGACUCUGCCCAGCCCUGCUGCACCUCAGCCUGGAGCCACUAUCCUGCAGUAUGCCCCUCAGGCUGGAGACCCUGCACAACAGCUGCUGCUGUCUGCUGGACAAGUGCUCGUACAGGCUGCCACAGGAGACAUGCCUGCGUAUCAGAUCCGCUCCCCAUCGUCAGGGUUACCGCAGGGUGUUGUCAUGGCAGCAUCACCGGGGGCGAUCCACAGUCCACAGCAACAAGCAGAGGAGGCUACACGCAAAAGAGAGGUUCGCCUGAUGAAGAACAGGGAGGCAGCCCGAGAGUGUCGCCGGAAAAAGAAAGAGUAUGUGAAGUGUUUGGAGAAUCGUGUGGCUGUGCUGGAAAACCAGAACAAAACUCUAAUAGAGGAACUCAAAGCCCUCAAAGACAUUUACUGCCACAAGCCAGAGUAACACCCACACACACACUCCUACUUCACACAUCUCUCUCUCUCUCACACACACACACACACACACACACACGCUUAAAGACUUCUGCAGCACACACACAUACACA